AUGAGAUUUUCGAGGUCGUCGGGUAGGGCUCGGAGGGAGUUGAGACGGGCGUCGAGGGUUCGGAGGUUGGUUAGGUGGGAGAUGGAGUCGGGGAGUUUGAGGCCCAUGUUUUCAAUGGUCCUAGGAAGUGACUGCAAAAAAUUGCCCGAUACAUUCAAAAUCUUGAGCUUCGACAAGCAACCAAUGGAGUUUGGGAGAGACUUUAGCUGGUUCGAAUGCACGUCCAAUACGAUGACGUUUAGGAGCCUUGCUGUCAAGGACUCUGGGAUAUUCUGCCCAACAAAAAAUUCAAAAAUAUAA